AUGGAAAACAUUUGUUCAGCCAUUGAAAUUGAGAAGAAUUUGUGUGAUUUAACUGGACCAUGGAUUGAAUAUCACAAUAACCUUGAUACUAACAUGGAAACUCUCAAAAGAAAGACAGAGCAAUUGAAUGGCCAAAACAAUGACAUAAAUGAAGAAGUGAAUUAUGCAGAGCAACGGUCAAGGAAAAGACAAAGGGUUGAAGUUAAACUUUGGCAAGAAGAUGUGCGAAGGAUAACAGAUGAUGUCCAAACUUUGGAAAAACAAGAGCCAGAAGUACGAGGAUUGAAGAAUGCCUUCAAACGAGCAGAGUUGGGAAAGCGUGUAGUGGAGACGAUUAAAGAGGUGGAAAAAUUGCAUGAAAAUGGUGGAUUUUGUUAUGGUUUGCUAAUUGAUGAUCCAACUUGUGGACACGCCAUACCAGCAGCGGAAUCUUUGGCUGAAACCACAAGUGUAAGGAACAAGGAGAAAAUUUGGAAUUUCUUGAUGGAUGAUGCGGUUAGAAAAAUCGGUGUUCGGGGAAUGGGGGGAGUUGGCAAAACAACCAUCAUGAAACACAUCAAUAAUCAACUUUUGGUCGAAACUUGUACCUUUAAUGAUGUUAUUUGGGUUACAGUAUCUAAAGCAUUCAAGAUCAAAAAUCUACAAAGGCAGAUAGCUAAGAAACUGAAUCUUGGUCUUUUCGAUUAUGAGGAUAAAUUACGUACAGCAUCAGAAAUACAUAACAUGCUUUCCUAA